AUGCUGCAAAACAUCUAUCUCUACAGCGAGUGGAUGAAGCACAUGCACGAUGCAAAGUGGCCAGGUCUCUACACGACCAUUAUACGCCACUUCCUGUCUGCCCAUGAGCACCAAAGAGCUGUUCAGUGGCACGUGCGCCUGUUUCCAAAUUUCGACCCUGGUGCCGGCGAAUUCCUCAGCAUACUACGGCAAUUCUCGCACGAUGAAGAACUUUACCAGGCUUCGACAUUGCAAGCGCUUUACACGAUGAGCCCGUACCGCCCAAUGUAUGACAGUAUGGUGCCUUAUCUCUACAACCAGGGCAUGUCCAAACUGGCAACUAGAUGGCGCAACGUAUUUGUUGCCCACAACGAUCUGCCGCAGCAACUAGCAGCAUCAAGACCAUUCCUGCGGUUCUUGGCUGGCUAUUUCCCACACCGGCGACUCUCUCGCGAGGAGCGCAGCCGUAUUUCAGCCAAAAUAGAACGUGGGGAGGAACAACCAGAGCUUAGUCGGGAGCUUGUCAAUCGGGUCCAUGGGCACACAUUCGGCAUCACCGUCAAGAACUACAACGACCAUCUUGGAGCACGUUGGUUCGCAACUUCCUGGGUAUCAUUAGACACAGCCAUAUCAACAGUUGCCGCGCUUGGCAUCGAGAGGAUUGGGCCUCUUUCACUACAAUCCAUUGCCACACGUGAGGGCACUCCGGAGGGACUCCUGGGACGCAUAGAGCAGCUCCGUGCUCAUGGCAUUGGAUUGCCAGUGAGAAACUAUGCCAAGCUGCUUGUGUAUUUUGCGGAGCACCAGCUCGAAGACAUGUACACAAGCCUCAUGCGUAGCGAUUUCCAUCCAGACGUCUGGGAUGACAUCCCUCUGCAAAACCGUCUCAUUGAGACAGAGUCAGAGACCCUUGACAUCAGAGCCUACAAGCUACUUUUGUCUGCGAACCACUACAUUCUGCAGCAAUCAGCCAAGGAUACCGCCAAUGCUCUUGUCGAAGCACACUUUCAAGAACGGGAAUGGCGGAAUUUGUUGGCUGUUUUGGAAGACAUGGAGGCGAUGGAAGUUGGUCUAGACAGGGCUCGUGCGAGGAUGAUCUUCCACAACCUGCUUGAAGACAUUCCCCGAGACGCCGAGCUGCACUCUGGAAAAGUCGUAGAGUCGGUGGACUUCUACCUUGCGACGUGCAAGCAACUUGCUCGUAUGGAGACACCCAUCCCAUCGAGAUGUUGGGCUCGCAUCAUGCGCUACUUUGGGCGGGCGGGCCGACUGAACGACCUCGAGGAGCUGACUGUCCAUCUUGUCGACGCGUACAUGCACCCUCAAUCGCGCAGACCAGGUUUCAUACCUGUCCAUAUGGACGACCUCCCGCAAUCCAUGCGAAAUGCGUUCCGCAGUGUAGAGGGAAUUCUUGGCAUGUACGUGCCUAAAGAUCUGCCAGCUCAAAACCCGAUGCACCCUUUGCGGCAGAUAUUCAGCGCGAAAAUGAUCAGCGCCAUGGUCAGGUGGACUUUUAGCACAACCUUUUCCCACUAUCCGGCGAGCACAUCUCGUCUUCAGCGAGGCACACCUGGCUUCGGCCGGCAACACUAUGCCCGUGUCGUGAAGCACUUACGACUACUCAAGGAUCGCGGAUUGUGGCUUGACACGCCACAUCUUAUGCGUCGGAUUGUUGUGCGACUAUCGUAUCUUUAUGGGUCUGGAAGCCCGGUCAAUCCGAGAAUCGAGCGUGCCAGGGCAGCCAACACGGUGCCGUUAGCAGCUAUGAAAGCGCUUCUCGAUCAGGCCUGGGGCGAAGAGCUGCUCCCACCCCUAUCCGAGCUUCGUGCUCAAAUUGACCGACUAGACCAGCGGAAAGCUGGCUCUCAGGCAGAUGUACACUAA